CUCUUUCACAAGUUCCUACAUAAUGUGAUUGCAUGAUACGUGCUUGAUAAAAAUUAUCGCUAUAAAAGGUCGCGAUCAAAAGGCAUAUUCGUCAGUUGUUUCAUAGACUUCAAACUAGAAAAAAUGUUCUCAAAGGUCGCAGUAUUCGCUUUGUUCGUGGCUGUUGCUCAAUGCAGCGCCGUCCAUGGAGGUGACUACUCCAGCUUCUCCUAUGGAGUAGCGGACCCCCACACCGGUGAUGUAAAGAGCCAGCACGAGACCCGCCACGGUGACAACGUGGUCGGCCAAUACUCCCUCAUUGACUCAGAUGGAACCCGCCGGACUGUUGACUACGCCGCUGACGCCCACAACGGUUUCAACGCUGUUGUACGCAAGGACCCAGCUCUGCUAGCCCACGCUUCCGCUGUUGUCGCCGCUCCCGCUGUUGUCGCCGCUCCCGCCGCAUACGCUGCUUCACCUGUCGCAUACGGAGCUCACGCUUACGCCGCCCCCGCCUACUCCGCUCACGCCGCUCCUCUUGCCUACAACUCAUACGCUCCAGUCGCCGUCAACACCUACGCUGCCGCUCCCCUCGCCCAUGGAGCCGUCUCUUACGGUUCCCCCUUGGGUUACGGUUACGGUGCUCAUGGUCUUAACGCCCGUCUUGCCUGGUGAUUUAUCCAAAUCAAGAAAGUCAAUGUCUGUGAUCUACUUUAAUUUAAAAAAAUAAACAUAUUUAUGUGCA